ACCUACUCGUCUUAUGACAACUCUGUGUGGAUUGUGUUUGAUACAGCGUCUGCUUCUACGUACUUCCACUCAACCGUAUGAAAGCAUGUACCCACUGACCUUGCACAAACUGAUACUUGGUGGUGGUGGUGGUGUUGGUGGUGAGUCUCUAAGCAGCACGAUGGAUCGACCACUAUACUUUCCGGCGCAAGCGCAUUCAGCACAUGUUGCAAACAAUGAUUCAGCUUCACUACUCAGUUGUCGGACUCCCAGUAGCUUGUGUGAACGUGCCCUGAUCGAUCAGAUCAGCCCCUCAGUGGACGAGGGUUAUUCAUCCGUCUCUUCGUUAUCAACUCUAAUACAGUCGAACCGUGAUUCUCUAGAACCAAUUUUCAACAGCACACCAACUCGUCUGGAGUUAGGUCAUAGAACACUGGGGGAACGAUUCCACACCGAUUCCGAGCUCGGUAGCCGCUAUGCAUUGGAUAAAUCUGUAGCAGGUCGCAGAUCGCUGGUCAAUCCUCCACAUUGUACUGAUUCAUUUUGGACUAGUUUUGGCUCUGAACUACACCGAUGUGCUCCACACGUGGACCCCACGGCGGCAUUCAUAACCCCACUGGUACAACCAGUACCGGUUGGGUUUUACGCAUCAAAAAGUAGACAACCGAUGGGUUCGAUUUUCCAGAGCCUUGCCCACCUCUCUGGCGGAACGUAUCAGCCAAUUCAAGAAUGUCAUGGUUCUUUCAAUGGCUGUAUACAAGGUGGAAAGUUGACAUCCAUCCCAGUUCAUGAAGUCUACAAUUCGGACACCAUCAGUACUGAAGGUCUAUGCAAGCAGGUAAUCUCGAGCGUCCGAGCAGAAAUGACGCAGCUGAUAGACAAUAGCGUGAAACAACUGCAAAAAUACCUAGAACAGUCGUUCAUGGCCCGAGACAUGUCGGUGGGUAAAUACAUUGGCCCAGAAACCGAAUGUACUCCACUUAAUUUGAAGUCUAUUCCUCGGGAAAACUCAAACCUCUACAUGCAACCGCUAAACGCGUCUGUGAUUGAUGACCGCCACUUACAUGAAUUGAACGUAAACGCAGAUUCAGCUCAGGGCACCAGUUUGGAUCGAAAUGAAAAAUAUGGUGUGUGGAACGCAUUGACUGACGAGUUUGCUUUCCCUGAAUCAGAAAAGCGUGCGGAAUCCACUCAGAAAUCCCCUACCAAAAGUGAGCCACUUGUUAGUAGGCGUCGACGUAAUCGAAUCCGGACGGGAGCGCGCCGACUGCGAUUGCGUCAAUUUGCUUCACGUUUGGCGGAAAAGCGUCGAAGAGACUUGGAUGCCGAAAUCAAGGAGUCCGAGUGCGAGGGUACCCUGGAUCUCCGAGUACGAUUAAGUGCGGAUUCAAAGCUGACGGUCGGUGAAAGUGAAACAUUUUACCUGACAACAAUUGGGGAUGUUUGUAGUCAACCCCAGCUCAAGGUUACAUCACUGACAGCAAGUCAUUUGAAACGCGCGAAGCUAAUGUUUAUGUACUCUCGGUAUCCGACCUCCAACACGCUGAAACCCUUCUUUCCUGAAGUGGCGUUUACUAGAGCGACCACCGCUCAAAUAGUCAAGUGGUUCAGUAAUUUUCGGUAAGCGAUUGCCUUUUUCGAAGCAAAGUCCCGGUCAUCACCGCUCCGAAAACUUCGCUGCUCUACACCGGGAUUCACACGACAAAAGCGCAGUGUGAAUACGUUCGUGUGGACACAUCGCAACGACAGACUACGGUGAUUGCCAAUCCGUGAGCUGUAGCAAUUUAUCGGUUGCAAGUUGACACUGCACUUUUUUUGCCGAUCCGUUUAUCGCAGUGUAUAGGAUAGGAUGACGAUGUCGAAUUCAGAUGACAGAUGAAAGCCACCGGUCUGUCACUUUUUGCUACCGUUGUGGUUGAACUGUGUUAAGGUAAUAAACCAAAAAGCCAUACAAGUUAGCCUAUUUUGUAGGUUAAAUAAAUAAAGUAGCUACAUGAUUUUCGUGUAAUGCCUUUCGCUACAGCCUCAUUCGACUGAUAUGAUCUCUCAUUUUUCCCUUUUCUGGAUACAAGUGAGUUCUUUUAUAUACAGAUUGAGAAGUUUGCCCGUCAACUUCACGCCGCCGGCCAUGAAAAUACAAUGGAAGUGAACAUUACUCGAAGCCAUGGACUAUUUCAAACAUUAGAACUGCAUUACAACAAGAGCAAAGAAGUGGAGACACCUGAAAGUUUUCUGCAAACAGUUCAAGUGGCGACAACUGAAUUCUACCAUGCAGUGUCCCAGAGGCUAGAUCACGAUCCGUCUUGGAAGAAGGGGAUCUACAAAAUCGUCGCUCCACUCGAUAGCACUUUUCCCGAGCAUCUGCGGUAUAUCAAGUAACCGAAGAGAAUGAUUUUGUUGAUCUCUCAUGAAUAUCUUGUCAUCAUUGAACUGAGACGUUGUGUACAAAACAGACCAUAUUAUUAACUGCUGCAUGUGUCUUCAGAUAAAGCUAAACGGUAUCAUAUACUAAGCACUUUUGGCCUUGU